AUGGCGCCCGGCUUCCUGCUGGGGCUGGGCCAGGGCGCCAAGAGCCGCGCGGCCUCGCUGGACCGGCUGCAGCCCUGCGAGAUGCAGAGGACCUACUUCCCCAUGAGCGCGGGGGCCGAGGCCGGCUCGGACCAGGACUCCCUGCCCGCCCAGGGCCUCGGGGACGGCCUGGCUCCCCGCGAGGAGCCGUUCGCCGCCCCGUCCUGUGUCCAGAAGAGGGCCGUCUUCAAAGAGGACUUCCGCCGCCGGGGGGCCGUGUCCCCGGGCGCGGCGGGCCCCGCCAGCCAGGCCGAGGCCGAGCGCGGGGAGCCCGCGGGCCGCAGGGAGCAGCGCGAGCCGCCCCCCUGCAGCCGCAGCUUCGAGACGCCCUGCCACGGCCGGUACCUGAGCCCGGGCCGCGCGGGGAGGCGCGCGAAGCACGAGAGCCUCGACGACCUGCAGGCGUCCACGUACUUCGGCCCCACGCCCGCGCCGGGCGCCCGCGAGGCCCGGCGCUGCCCCGGGCGGCCCGGCAAGCAGAGCCCCUGGCCGGUCAAGAGCUGGAGCCUGAACGCGGAGGAGGCCCCCGACUUCGAGCGCUCCUUUUUCAGCAGGGACCCCUCGGGGGAGCAGCUGCGCUACGCGAGCCCCGGCUUCCCCGCCCCCGACAGGCGCCCCGCUUACCGCGCGCCCCAGGACCCGCCCGCGCUUCUGCCCGUCGGCUACGCGGAACCGAACGGGCUCCAAGCUGAAGACCGCUCGUCCCCGGUCGACCUGGAGAAGCACGAACCCGUCCGAAAGUUCAAGGACAAGAGCGUGGGCGGCGGCGUUGGGCGGCUCAGCGCGGACACCAGCAGCGUGGGGACCCAGACCGAGCCGCGCGCGCGCGAGCCCAGGACGGGCAGGGAGCUGUGCGCGCCCGCGCAGGGCAAGUACAGCGACAGGCGCGCCCUGAAGCACUCGGACGACGACUCGGAGAUCGUCAGCGACGACAUCAGCGACAUCUUCCGAUUUCUCGACGACAUGAGCAUCAGCGGCUCCACGGGCGUGAUGCCGUCCUCCUGCUACAACAGCACGGGGUCCCUGUCCCAGCUUCACAAGUCGGACUGUGACAGUUCCCCGGAGCACAGCUUAAGCAAGAUCGCCGGCGGGGGCCCCGGUGGCCAAGGCGAGAAGGGCAGCCGGCGCGCGGAGGAGGAGCUGAAGAGCAGCGUGUGCCGGCUGGUGCUCAGGGUGGGCGAGAUCGAGAGGAAGCUCGAGUCGCUGUCGGGCGUGCGCGAGGAGAUCUCGCAGGUGCUGGGCAAGCUGAGCCAGCUGGACCAGCGGAUGCAGCAGCCGGAGAAGGGGCGCGCGCGGGCCGACCCGAACUCCUCGACCAGCGAGGCGGCGUCCGACGACAGCGCCUCGCCCCGGCCCUGCCGCGCGCACGGCCCCCGCGGGCCCCGGCUGGACGGCAGCGACUGGGGCUGCUCGGACGCCAGCGGCAGCAACAGCGCGAGCCUGCGCGUCCAGGCCCUGAAGAAGAGCCUCUUCGCCAGGCCGUCCUCCCGGUCCCUGACGGAGGAGAACAGCGCCACGGAGUCCAAAAUCGCCAGCACCGCCAACUCGCCCCGGGACUGGCGCACGGUGCCCUACGCCGGCUGCGCGGGCCUCGGCGAGGAGGUCGAGGGCGCGGUUCCCGCGGACGACAAGGACUGGCCGCGGAAACCCAAAGAGGCCGACAGGCAGUACGACAUCCCCUCGCACCACCGCCUGCCCAAGCCCCCCAAAGACGGCUUCCUGGUGGAGCAGGUGUUCAGCCCGCACCCCUACCCCGCCUCCCUCAAGGCGCACGCGAAGAGCAACCCCCUGUACACGGACAUGCGGCUGACCGAGCGGGCCGAGGUCAAGCGGGGCCAGCCCUCCUGGACCAUCGAGGAGUACACGCGGAACACGGGCGACAAGGGCAAGCUGGCGGCCCUGGACCUGCAGACACAAGAAUCUUUAAACCCGAACAACCUGGAAUAUUGGAUGGAAGAUAUUUAUACUCCAGGCUACGACUCGUUACUGAAACGCAAAGAAGCUGAGUUCAGGCGGGCCAAGGUCUGCAAGAUGGCCGCUCUCAUCGCGGCGGCCGCCUGCACCGUGGUCCUCGUCAUCGUGGUCCCCAUCUGCACGAUGAAGGCCUGA